AUGCGCGUUAGAGCGGCAGGCAUGAAGGCGCUGGAGUGUUUAGGCAGCUCAGAGACCACGGAUGCUGCAGCAGCUGCUGUUCCAGCAGCAGCAGGAACUGCAGCAAAUGCACCAACUGCAACGGGAAGCAAGACAGCAGCAGCAGGCAAAGGACCAGCAACAAACAAAGCUGUGGCAGCAAGCAAAGCAGCAGCGUCAGCAGCAGCAGGAGGUGCAGCAACACCUGUUAUUGUCUCUCCGGCUUUGUCUUGCGACAGCUGCAAUGAGAGCCGCCUUGCGGCUUCCCCGCUGCUGAUUCCCACAGAUGCUCUAUCACCCACAGCCUGCAGCAGCAGCAGCAGCAGCAGCAACAGCGGCUUUGUUUGUGGGGCCGACGAUUUCCUGUGUCUCCCCGAGCGUCUGGGAGCCAUCAACCUGCAGCAGCAGCAGCCCCAGAAGCAGCGUCAGCAGCAGCAUGCGCAACAGCAGGAGCAACAGCAGCAGCAGCAGCAGCAGCCGCUGCUGCUGCAGCAAAGUUUUGCUCCGCCGGCUUCUUCUGUCCUCAUCGGCCCUCAAGGUGCGCUGCCCGUGGGCUCAUAUUACUUGACAGGCAAAGACCAGCAGCAGCAGCAGGAGCAGCAGCUGCUGCAACUGCAGCAGCAGGAGCAGCAGCUGCUGCAACUGCAGCAGCAGCAACAGCAGCAGCAGCAGAACCCGAGCCUUACAUACACUGAACAGCAGCAGGUGCUGUUGCAGCAGCAACAGCAAUUGCAGUACCAACAGCUGCAGCAGCAACAAUUGCAGCAUCAACUCCAGCUGCAGAUGCAGCAGCAACAGAUGCAGCAACACCACCUCCCGUUGCCCGAGCAGCAGCAGCUGCAGCAACAACUUCUCCUGACGCAGCAUCAAGAGCUGCAGGAACUGCAGCAGCAGCAACAGCAACAGCAGCAGCAGCUCAGCGAUAGCAGCAAACGAUUCUGUGGCUGGGAUGUGACAGCAGAUGCCGCGACGGACAGCAAGUACGCGCUGCCAGCUGCUGCAUGCGCAGCAGCAGCACCAGCAGUAGCAGCAGCAGCAGCAGACCCAGCAGCAGCAGCAGCACCAGCAGCAGCAGCAGCACGGACGCCAGCAGCAGCAGCAGGACAGAGAGGGAAACGAACUCUUGAAAGAGAAGCUGGCAGCAAACGCUUCCUGCGGCGUGCUGCAGUGCUGCCGCUGGCCACCCCACAGCCUUUUCAUUUUGCUGCUAAGAAGACACGGGAGAAAGAAGUCAGCUAUUACGGCUUGAGGCAGAGGUCUGCUGCUGCUGCUGCUGCUUCUGCUGCUUUGCCAAGGAGAAAGUGA